AUAUUCCAAACAACAUUUAUUAGUCUAUAAUUCUCAAAAUACAUCCAAAUUUUAACUUAUAUGCCAAAUAAUACAUCCAUUUGGUACAAUCAAGUGAAAAGAGAAGCGUUGUAACUUAAAAACCGAGAAAGUAUAAAUAAUAAUUAAUGAAGCUUUAAAAGAAGUAAAAAUUGGGAGACUAGAAAUAAACUCUCCUAAAAGGCCAAGUUCAAGAAAAUGAGAUGAAAAUGGAGGAAAAGAGUAGUAGCAGCGUCAACAACGACGGAGUUAAGCUCGGGAUUGAAGAAGCAUGGAAGUGGGUUCCGAGUGGGACCCACUGGUGGUGGGUCGUAGCUAGCGCCGCCCAAUUAGGGUGGGGAAUCAAGUCCUACAAAAAAGGGUUUACCGGAGAUUGCCGGUUUAUGCCUGCCAGAGCUUUCGGCGUCGCCUCUCUCUUCGUCGGCGCCGCCGCAACCGCCUCCGUUUGCGCCCUUUCCGCCGCCGGCAUUCAUAAUGUGGAAGAUAUGAAAGAAGCUGGUGCUAAUAUUAGGACGGGACUGGGUGUUCCUCCUCGAACCAAGGCCAAAUAACAUCAUCUUUGGCUAUUCAAUAUUAAGAUCUUACUUCUUAAAAACAAGAUUAGGUGCACCUUGUUCGAAUCAACCCGAAGACUUCCUUACCAGGUGUAUUUCAGCUCCAAAACAGAGUUGAAGGACACAUUGCUCUUUCUUUUUGGGCAUAGCUAAAGGAAAAUUCGACGCACGUGCUUGUAAUGGCCUUUUUUUUUUUUUUUUUUUUUUUUUUUUUUUUCCUUUUUCUUUUCCUCAGCUUCCUUUCUUAGGCUUUGCAUCUACAAUCAGUGUCAAUGGUUUAACAUUUAUAUGCAGUAAACUCUCAAUUUUGCCAAUCUACAUUAUAUUUUCUUCCUGAUUAUUCUUCAAC